AUGGCCCAGAAAUCCCAAGGCGUGAAUAGCCAGGCCGAGGAGCAACAGGCAAACCCGGGCAGUCGCACCUCGUCUGCCAAGGACGGUGCAGGGUCACCAAGUUCGGCCAAACAGCAGUCGAAUAAUUCGGGUGCCGUGCCGUCCUCUAAUCUGCCACGCACAUCUGAUCCGCCAGACACAACAUCCAAUUCCGAUUCUCCCCAACACCCACAGCCGCCCGCCAUGGAAAAGGUGCUGGCCGCUGGCUCACAGCCAUCACCUUAUGGCACGCGGUCGCGGAAUCGCACCGGCGCAGCGCGCCCAAAUUACGCCGAGGACAAGGAUCUCGACUUGGAUCUAUACGAUUCGUAUUCACAGCAGCACAAGGACGACGACUCCAAGAAAGCAAGCACCAAACCGCAGCAAGCACAACAGCCUCAAGAGCAGGACGCAUCAUCCACAUCGGCACCUGCCAAUUCCACCACUUCAUCCUCACAGCUUGCUUCACGCUCUGGUAAUGGAACAUCGAGACGGCCACUCCCCGAUGACAGCAAGCCCCAGAACGGUGUGAAGAUUCAACUGCAAUCUCAAAACGCCAACCAGCCAUCCUCAACGGCAUCGGCAUCGGCUUCAGCUUCAGCAUCGGCGUCGGCCACCAACGGGCAGAGCGUGGCAAACGGUGCUUCAAAGAGCAAGAAGCGCAAGGUCGCUGACACCGCUUCGACGGCCAGCGGCAGCCAGACCCCAGCGGGAUCAAAUGGCGCGUCUUUGUCGUCGGCGCUGCAGAAGCGACUUGGAGUGAAUGGCGGUGCUGGCAACGGCAGCAGCGGGCAGGCUAGCGGGGAUGUUACGCCCAGCAGUGCCGGGUAUGGCGAGACGAACCUGCUCACUUUUGAAGGCACCAAGUCUCGCACAAAAGACGGCAAAAUGACUGCCGACGAUGGCACAGUACUGGAGGUGAAUGAUCACGUCUACCUGGUGUGCGAGCCGCCCGGAGAGCCGUAUUACCUCGGCCGCAUCAUGGAGUUCUUGCACGUCAAAAAUGACCCGACGCUGCCCAUCGAUGCGCUGCGCAUCAAUUGGUACUACCGGCCAAAGGACAUUGGGCGCAAAGUCCAGGACACACGUCUCGUGUUCGCCACGAUGCACUCGGACAUCAGCCCGCUCACGUCGCUGCGCGGCAAGUGCCAGAUCCGCCACAAAGCCGAGAUUCAGGACAUGACAACCUACAAGCGCACACCGGAUUGUUUCUGGUACGAGAAGCUGUAUGACCGCUACAUCCAAAAGAACUACGAGGUGAUUCCCACGCGCCAGGUUAUCAACGUACCCGCGCACGUCAAGAAGGUGCUUGACGAGCGGUGGAAAUUCGUCCUCACCGAGCAGGGCCGGGGCAAGGAACUGACCAGCGCGGUCAAAACGUGCAAGCGAUGCACAACCUUCUGUGCCAACAAUGAUUCGGUCGACUGUGCCGUCUGUCAAAACACGUACCACAUGAACUGCGUCAAGCCACCCUUGCUGAAAAAGCCUAGCCGUGGCUUUGCCUGGUCGUGCGCCGCAUGCAGCCGCGCUCAGGAACGCAAACUCGAGGCGCGCCACACGCCCCACAUUUCUGCCGCCGGUUCACAUCAUCACCACGGCCACCACCAUGGGCACCACCACGAUGGUGAGGACGAUGAGGGGGUCGACGAUGAGGACGAGGAGAUGGGCGGGAUGGACGUGGGGCCCGAGGGCGACGCUGGAGAUGGCGGCGACGGCGUCAACACAGGGCGCACCAGCCGAACGAGCCCGGCCGAGGAGAACCCGCAUCCGCCACCGACGGCCGAACAAAUCUAUCACGCCAGUCUGUGGCCCUACCGGUACUUUGGCAUGCACUGCAAGGUGGAAGACGCCCUGGACCUGGACGACCGCAUCUUCCCCCGCGCGAGCACCCGCCUCGGCCUACGCCAUCAGGCCAUCGUGGGCCCCUGGUUUGGCCAGCCCGUGGAAUACGUCAAGCCGUUGGAGUUCAAGAAGUCGGGAAAGAACGGCAACAAGCUCACCAAGGACCAGCAGGCGGCCCUCGAGGCGGAGCGCAUCGAGAAAGAGAAGCGCCCCAAGUGGGUCCAGGACGAACCGCCCGGAUACAUUGAGCGUGGCGGGGACGAUACCGCGGAGGUGCUCUACAAGCCGCCCGAGGACAGCGGGGUAAGCAUGUCGAGCGAGGCGGUCGACGACUACAUGAACACGGCCCGGGACAUGGACACUGUGCUCGGGCUACCGGAGCACUCGACCAACCUGCAGGAUGUGGCCUGCCAUGCGCUCUACCGCAACGGAUUCGACCCUAGCAAGGCGCUGAAGGAGCUGGCUAAGACGCCCAAGGCAGACUUCGACGAGCCCGACUUGACACCCGUAGAGCAGAAGAAAUUCGAAGAAGCCAUCGCCAAGUACGGUUCCGAACUGCACAGCGUCAAGAAGCACGUUAAGACCCUGCGAUACUCGACCGUCACGCGGUACUACUACACCUGGAAGAAGACGGAGAGGGGGAAACUGAUCUGGGGCAACUUCUCGGGUCGCAAGGGCAAGAAGGACGCCAAGAAGGCCGAGGCGGCCGCGAACAAGCUGGCGGACGAUGUGGCAGACGUACACGACGACUCAGCCUUUGACGCGGAUAAGGCCCGCGAAAAGAAGAAGAGCUUCCUGUGCAAGUUCUGCGGCACCAAACGGUCUCGCAGAUGGCGAAGAGCGCCCGCUGCGGCUGUGACGCCUGUGACGGAGAGCGGUGGCGGCGGUAACACCAACAGCAAGAACGCCAAGGACAAAAAGGAGCAGUACAUCCAGGCGCUCUGCCGGCGGUGCGCGGAGCUGUGGCGUCGGUAUGCGAUCCAGUGGGAGGACGUGGACGAGCUGGCGAAGAAGGUCGCGCAGACGGGCGGGCGUGGCUGGAAGCGCAGGGUCGAUGAGGACCUGCACAGGGAGCUCAUCGCGGCCGACGAGCUGGCUAAUAGCAGCCGCUACCCAUCGCCCGACGACCCCUCGACUGGCAGCCCGGCGCCAUCUCUGAACGGCCAGGGGGCCGCUUCCGGUGCUGCAGGCACUGGGACAGAGCCCCCGCGGAAGAAACUCAAGAGCGGGCUAUUCGACAAGGACGUGGAGAGGACGCCGUCGGAGACGGGCAGCGUUGUUGGCGGGCCGACCGCGAAGAAGAAGACGCAGGCUGCUGCUGCUGCACCGCCCGCGCCCGAGAUGCCGAAGCCCAAGACGCUGCCGUGUGCGGUCUGUGGAGAGCUGGAACCGCUGGGCGAUGCGCAUCUGUCGUGUCGAGAGUGUCGGAUGGCUGUGCACAGGCAUUGUUAUGGGGUUGUGGAUGUCCGGAGCCAGGGCAAGUGGACUUGCGACAUGUGUUUGAAUGAUAAGAAUCCGCAGUUGUCGAUUCACUACAAAUGCGUCCUGUGCCCGGUCGAGGCCACGUUCCACGACUUUGUCGACCACCCCAAGGUCUCGAGCUCGCACAAGAAGAAGACGGAAAAGGAGCGCGAGCGCGAGAGGGUGGAACGAGAGGCGGCCCAGAAAGCAGCCGACUACUACCGCAAAAGGCAGGAAGAUACGAACCGCCCCGUCAACCCGCGCGAGCCCCUGAAGCGCACAGCUGACAACAACUGGGUGCACGUGACCUGCGCCGUGUUCACGCGCGAGAUCAAGUUCGGCAAGGCCGGAGCCCUGGCCCCCAGCGAGGGCAUCCCCCUGAUUCCGCGGACCAAGUACGCCGAGACGUGCAAGGUGUGCAAGCGGAACGAUGUCGGGGCGUGUGUCGAGUGCCGCCACUGCCACAACCCAGUCCACGUGGAGUGUGCUCGCCAGGCUGGUUAUGUUCUCGGAUUUGAUGUCACGCCUGUCAAGGGUUCGCGACGGGACCAGUCGCAUAUCGUCACUAUCAAUGGGGAGACCGGAGCCAUGUCGGCGGGUGUCUGGUGCAAGGAGCAUGUGCCGGCCAAGGUGGCUGUCCAUGCGAUGAGCGAACCCGUGAAGGAGACCGGGGGCAAUGCACUGCAGCUCUACGUGGAGAGCUGCAAGAAAGCCGACCUAACCCUGACAGGGUGCGCGAGGAAGGCGAACCAAAUCACCGUCGCGUCCAAGAUGUCGAUUGUGUCACCGUCCUCGGCUGCGAGCCACAACCAUCACCAGAGCACCAGCAACAACCGGCGCGUGUCGAUUGCGGCGAUGGUCAAUGGUAGUAGCAGUGGUAGUGACCACGAGGAUACGCCAAGUGUGCUGCAGCCUGGCGGCAAGAUCUGUCUGACUUGUGGGGUGGAUGUUAGUCCGAAAUGGUACGCAAUCGACCAGGCGCAGGAGCGGGAGCUCACGAAUGGGUACUACGGGAACAUUGGAUCGGAAGCGCAGAAGUUUGUCGAGCAGCGCAGCUUCCAGUGCCACAAGUGCAAGAGGGCCGGUCGACAACCCUCGCUUCACGCGCAGCAACCUCCAAGAGAGCCGACACCUCCGCCCGAGCCGGUCCGACAGGCUACACAGGCCGCCGCUGCGGUGCUUCCCCCGAGACUCGAGGACACGAGACUGCCCAGCAGAGGGCCGUACGGUUGGCCACCCGCUCCUGGGCCCCCGGGCCCGCCGCCGCAGCAUACGCAGGCCCCGUUGCUACAAGCGCCCGCUCCGGGUCCGAUCACGCUUCCGAUCGGUCCUCCUCCUGUGCAGCCGCCCCAGGCAGUGACCCAACCUUCACUUCCACCGACCAUCGCCCCUCGAGCUCCGCCGGUCCAGCCUCCGCAGGCGUACGCACCCCCCCAGCGGUCCUACGACCCGUACGACUGGCACCGGCCCUCGGCCAACCACGGGCCGCCCCAGCUGCACCCGGGCCGCGAGGUCAACGGACGCCCUUCUCCGCCUCCGUCAUCGUCGAUGCCCCCUCUGGCACCACCGAACCACCUUCGCCCACCCCCGAUCAUUCCCCAUCCGUCCGCUGCUCAGUCACCCCCGCACAGCCACAUGGCCCAGCCGCCCCCGUAUGUAAACGGCAUACAACACCCGACCUCCCCACGGCGUAUCAGCGGCGGACCCCCUCCUCCACCGGGACCGCCCAGCAACCCCAACAACGGACCUCCCCCGCCGGGACCAUACCAUCCCCACCACGGCGGCCCGCCCCCUGGUCCCCCGCCCGACCUCCGCCCGCAUCACAUGGCACCCAUGAACAGCAUGCCGCCCGUCAUGGCCCACCCCGCGGCCUCCGGUCCCGAGCCGCCAAACUACCUACGCCAAUGGGGAGGCGGCGGUCACCACCACCCACACGGUCCCCCACCUCCACCACCACCGCCCUCAGGCCAUCACCACGGAAGCCCGCCCCAGCCGCCUCAUUCGUCUCUGUUACGCGACGGACCGCCGCCGUUGCGUGACGAGCCGCAUGCACAUGCGCAUGCGCAUUCACAUCAUCAUAGCCCGCACUUGGCACAUUCCCAGCAGCAUCAGCAGCAUCAGCCGCAGCAGCAGCCGGGUCAUGGUCAGGGACAACCGGGACAAGGACAGGGACAGGGACAGCAACAGCCUAGACAGGCGAGUGGAGCGAGCGCGAGCCCGUCGUUGAGGAAUCUGCUUUCUUAG